CUCCGUCGUUCUGGUUCGUGCGUGCGUGCGUGCGUCCGGCCUUGGGCUGCCGGCCCCAACUGCCCAGGAGCCCCACGCUCGGGUUGGGAUGGCGGCGCCCGUCACGCGGCAGGUCCGCGGAGGCGCUGUCCCCGGCUCGGUCCCGGCCGCCCCCGAAGGGCUGCCUCUGGCGGCGGGCGUGGCCGAGCUUCCAGUGCUGGACGCGCGCGGGCGGCGGGUGCCGUUCGGGGCGCUGUUCCGGGAGCGCCGCGCCAUGGUGGUGCUCGUGCGGCAUUUCCUCUGCUACGCCUGCAAGGAGUACGUGGAAGACCUGGCCAAGGUUCCCAGGAGCGCCCUGGAGGAAGCGAACAUCACCCUUAUAGUGAUUGGACAAUCAUCCUACCAUCAUAUUGAGCCAUUCUGCAAGCUGACUGGAUAUUGCCACGAAAUCUAUGUUGAUCCUGAGAGAGAAAUUUAUAAAAGGCUGGGAAUGAAAAGAGGCGAAGAAAUUUCCUCAUCAGUCACAGGAAGAAGUGGGAAUCAGACACACAGCAGAGGCGGCUUGGGGACCUGGGAAGAGGCCGAGCAGGAAGAAAGCUGGCGUGGACAGGAGUGUGGCACUGCAGGGAGCUCAGACUUCCAGGGCAGAAGGAAGGGUAGGGGCAGCCCCCUGAGGAGUGGGCGUAGGCUGGCAGACUGCCAAAAUAAACCUGUCCGACCUGGAAAGCCAGUCCAAGGUCUCUGAGCUGCCAGUGCUGCCAGUUACUCCCAAUAUAUGUUACCUCGGUCUUCUGCCACCUGCAGCUGGCUGGUACACCUGCCUGGACCGAAAAAUGCCUCCUCUGCCUUUGAUUGGCCCCUGUCAGCUACCACCAUCCCCCACCUCCACCCCCACUCCCACAAUUGACCUGGACUCAACCUCCCAGAGGUUCAAAAACUUCCCUUUAAAAAGCACUUCUGAGGCCGGGCGUGGUGGCUCACGCCUGUAAUCGCAGCACUCGGGAGGCUGAGGCAAGAGAAUCAUUGCGAGUUCGAGACCAGCCUGGGCUACAAAGUGAGCUCAAAGCCAGCCUGAACUGCAUAGUGAGACCCUGUCUCAAAAAGACAAAAAAUAAAAUAAAAUAAAAAGCGCUUCUGGUUAAUGAUACUUCCAAGCUGCCUGCUGGAAAGACACAAGACACAAAAGCUCUGCUGAAAUAUGUGGCAGGAACUGGUUACCAAAACAACAACAACAAAAAAAAACUACAAAUUUCUUGGAGCUGCCAGCUUCUAUGAAAUCUGGAUCCUGGAGUUCAAAAACAAUGAUGUUUACUCAGACUGUCAACCCUAGAGUGCCCAGUGGCCUAACUGUGCAAAUACUUGGGUCCAGUGGCUAACAGCUGCUUCCCCCCGUCCCCUCUAUGCUCUAACAGCCACUGUCUUUCUGAUCAAGAAAGCUGACAACUCACCUUAAACCAAGACCCAGCUGUCCAGGUGCCACAUCCACAUGCUGCACUGGGGUAAACUGUUCUAAAAAACAGACCACCAGCCCCACUGCCGCCGCCAAUGCUGAGUGUACCCUCUUCCCAGAUGGAAGUAGCUCUGUGAGGAAUGAAGUCUGAAGGGCUAGAUAUGCUGUGGUCACCUUGGACAAAGCUAUUCUGGCCAAAACUCUCCUGCAGGGGUGAUCUGCAGCAAAGCGCUGCCUGCUGCUGUGUGGAAACCUCCACCAAUGACACAAAAUAAUCCAGUCCAACGGCCUAAGUCCCCUCUGGGGAUCAGAUUGACUGGAACAUCCACCCCAGCCACCAGACCCCACCAUAUGUCCUGCAAGCUCAAGCCACUGCACUGGCACCUGUUCCCCUGCAGCCAGCGCGGGCUUCAGCGUCUGCACCACCAGCCCUGACCUCUUAUUCUCUCCCUGAACUGCGAAGACAAUAAAAGUUUGUAGAGUGCUGCUGUAAAAAAUCACCCCUGAAUAUGGCCUAGCCCUGAUCCCUGGCCAUGGCAAAGGGCCUGUGUCUGCAGCAGAGGUGACUCAAAAACCAGGUUAAAUAAAAGCCACAUACAGCACUCAGGCCAGGAAAAGUUUAAAAACAGCUCAUAACUCACAUGUAUAUAAUCCUGGUGCAUAGUAACUACCUCUGCAAGUUUCAGAAAUCCAGCCCUAGGUUCACUGAGAAAUCUACCUGGACAGCUCCUCUGAGGUGCACUUAAGAGACCUGCUCUGGUCCUUCUGGAUGCUGAGCAGCUGAAGCCUGAGGACAUCGGUUCCCCCCAAUUCCUGUGUCUUUUCAGGCUACACACCCCAGUUCUUGCUUCCACUCCCCUGCUAGCUGUGGUUUUUGCCUCAAACUCUAUGGAUGGUUGCUCCAAGAGAAUAGAACAAUGAAACACUUGACCAAAAUUUGCUCUGAGAUCACAUUUACUCCCUCACUGCCUUGCCAGGGUAAUGUUACAGAACAGACAGGCCUAAAUUAUAUCUCUUUCUAAAAACAAUUUAAGAAAAAACUGUGUAAUAAGGUAAUCUUGGGGAGCUUGGCUCGGGCCCAGCCUGGGAUCACUGACAACCCUAACUAAGGUCACUGCUUCUGGUUAAGCCUUGUCUCAGAAGACCAGGUGUAAUAUGCCCAGCAAAGAUUUGCUGAGAAAACUAAAAGGAGUAGGGGAGGGAAUGUAACAUGAAAUGUACCCCGGACAGUAUUCUUCAGCUUCUUAAUUGCCCAAGUGAUAGCUCCUGCUCCAGUUCCAGUUGCUUCUGUUUCUUAGAAACGGCUGGUCACUAUGAUACACAUUGUGUAAACCAGCCCUGAACUGAACAGCCAUUCUCCCACUGUGCUUCCUGCUUGCUCAUCCCAUAUAAGCCCGAGACCACCAGAGAUGAGGGCCCAAUAUUUUGGAAAUAGUCCCAAUCAGUGCCUGUCAAUGCAAAUAAACAAAUACACCUGCCUCCA